CAUCGCAUUCAUCAUAACGAGGUGUUUUCAUUCGCUUGGUACGUUUAUCUUCUAUAUGUAUAGUAUCGUUUUUGUUUGUCCCGAUAUAUAUCUUAUGCAUUAGAAACGAUCGCACAAUAAAAAUAUAACUCAAAGUCGUUGGUUAUUAUGCGAUAUUAUUGACAAAACUUAUGCCGAUUGCAAUAAUAAUUGAAUAAUACAAGACGUUAAAGUUCUACUUACUAUAUGACCAGACGGAAACAAUAUAAACAAGAGCCUGAGAAUAUACAUUAAUAUUUGUAGAAAUUAUUCAUUACAAUAAUAUGUCGAUUUUAUGAAAGGCAAGAAAAGAUUCUGAAUAAUUACGGAAUAAGUAAAGUUUGAUGUGAUCGUCAUCGUUCUCGUUGGCGUCGCUAACAAGAAUAGUGUGCCAAGUAGUGAAAAGCGAAGCAAAGGCAAAAUGGACGCCUUGCGUGAGCAGGUGAUGAUCAAUCAAUUUAUGCUGGCUGCCGGUUGUGCUAGGGAACAAGCCAAACAAUUGUUGCAGGCAGCACAUUGGCAAUUUGAGACAGCUCUUAGUAUCUUUUUUCAAGAGGCCGCGAUUCCUUCGUGUGGUCAAGGUACACAUUUUGGACAGAUAACGCCAUGCAAUACACCUGCAACUCCACCAAAUUUUCCUGACGCUUUACUCGCUUUUUCGAAAAUGUCAGCCGGAGAAAAGACACCAUCUGAUUUGUCACCGAUUCAAAAUGGACUUCACUUGAGUCAGCAGCAGACACAAACAGCUUCCUCAGCAGUUCAGCGGUGUAGUAGCAUGUCAAGCAAUCAUAUGCAACACCAUCACCAUCACCAACAGUCACCUGCUGCUCAGCAACAAUUCGGCAUGGGUGAGCCUCAGAGAUAAGGUUACUCAUCAUGGCGAGGGAGCACCACUCGCCUGCAUAUCAUUAUGAGCAUUAUUAAUAUCGCCAUCAUCGUUAUCAUGAUCAAGGGUGUAAUUAUAGUUGUAAUCACGAUGAAUGUAGCUGAUCUGCUAGCAAUGGCCAUCUGAAGUAAAGUUAUCUUGCGUUAAUUACCUGAAAAAUUGGCCAAGUCCAAGCGCUCAAAAAGUACAGUGUGAAUGAGCGGGUGCUUAAUUCUUUGUACAUCUUCAUUUUGGUGGUAGCGCUUAACAUUGAAGCUCCGUUC